UAACCAGAUAUAAUGAAGGCCUUGCAAAUCGCUCUCGUAUUUUCGGCUAUUGUGGCCAUCGCCUUCGCUGCAAACGCCAGUUGGGGAUCAAAACUGUCGAGUAGUAAGUUGGUCAGCACUCAGAACGUGACCAUCUACAAGAAGGCAAACCAAUAUGUGAGCAGUAUCAUCAGUUUCCCAUUGACGGGCCAGAGCAACACAAAAACCAUUCGGCUUAUAACCAUAACUGAUAGGUUUACCAACAGUUCGGGACCGUUUUCCACCUUGUGGUCAGGUGGGCCAGGAUUCAUUAGUGCCAAGGUCAAUGUCACGAGCCAGCUUUCUCAGGGAUUCAACGUGACUGCUCAAUUUUGGGUCGAUGCUUAAGCUGUCCU